GCAGCACAGCGCUGGAAACAAUGGCACGGGGCUGCAUCUGAUGUCCAGCUGGAGGGGAAGGGAAGCCAGUGUGGCACAUCCCUCCGCAGGACACGGGGGCACUUCAGCAGCAGUGACCACCCCCAUCCCCUAACCCCCCACUACCGUCUGUCUUCCCUCCCCACCAGAGCCAACGGUAGAACCAAAAACGAGGGCAAUGGAUUAAACUGUAUCGUUGAAAGAAAAGAUUUACAAAUUGUUACUCCCUCUUCGCUGUUUUCCCUCUCUCUUUAUUCCGUAUCUUGGUGCCGUGCAGAGGGAAAGAUGUAAGAAAAGGAGGAGGGUGUCUGUGUGUGUGAAAGGAAAAGGGGGUGAGGUUUGGGAAAAGCCUUGGCUGCAUCCGAGAGAGGCGCGACACCUGCACUGAGAAAAGCAGGCGAGGAAGCAGAGAAUUCUGGAGCUUGGAUAGUGCCACGGGCCUUGCCCUCUUGACAGACCAACCCCCUCCAUACCCCUCCUCCCCCUCCCGCCCUCCCCUCACUGUGCACCCUGCCAGUGGCAAUGCUGCAUUCGGAUCUACAGGUGAUGUGGGCUGGCCUGAAUGAUCCCUGGAAACAUCACCGCCAUGACGGAGGGCUUUUGCACACAGACUGAAAAAGAGCCACAGCCCCAACCGCACUUCCCAAUUGUUGGUCUUGUGGUUGUGAUCUUUGAGGUACAGCCUAGUGCCUCUGAGUCAACAGGAGUCUUGAGCACAAAAUUAUAGACUGACACCUUUUGCAGAGCUGAAUGAGAGCCAUACUGUGGAGUGGUGCGAUCUUUCAGGUCAAGUGAGCAGAAGAAUGGAGCAGGGAAUUUGCUUCUGAGAGUGGUGGGAAUGGCAAUCCAGGCACAGAUGUUAGGAUACUGUCAUGUGUCAAGAAAUAGAAGGAAGAUUCUCCAUUAUGCUCCAGAGAAAAAUGUAUAAAAUAUUUAAGAAGGAUCUACUACUAACCAACACACCCAGGGCACUUUACAGUGGCCACUCAACCUACCAAGUCACAAGUCUUUGGGCUCUGGAUGGAAUCUGGAGCACUCAGAAGAAACCUGAGCAGCUGCAAGUUGAAUUGCACUGGAGUGUGGCCGGCAACUGUGACUGAUGGAAUAAGGAAUAACAAACAAAAUUUAUGGAUGAACUGCAGGAAAAAGACCUGGAUGCACGGGACCCCAAAACGGAUCAACCCUGCUGGGUCGAUGUAGACGGAGGAUCUUUCUGAAAACUGUUGGUGAAGGUGGUUAUAAAACAGUGCCUCUGCAUCGGCAUCAUGCAGACUCUCACUACAUCGGCUAACUUUACAGGGAGAAAUUAAACCCAGCCAAUAUUUCAUGUUUGUCGAAGCACAGAACAUGGAAACAGCAGAAUCAUGUGGAGCAGGGAAAAUUCUGAAGUCUUACAGCGCGGCAGAUGCCGCUGUUACCUUAUCAUCUUUCACUUCACCAAAAGAAAAUGAACUUGGCCACAGGGUGUUACCUUUACCUACUUCAAAAGAGGGCAGCACGUUGGACCCGCCCUCUCCUCUGAGACUAGCUGAUGUGCCUGAACAUACUUCAAAUGAUUCCUCUGCACAUGCCAUUUCCCUUACAUCUUGUGUUACAAAGGGUGUGAGUUAUUUGUCCGUACCAGAAGAUUCUGACAAAGCCCCAUUGAGGUACACGGAGCCUAAAGGCAUUUCAUUGCUGUCUGAUGAUUGUUUCAUGCAACAGAGCAGAACCUGUUUGGGCUGCUUCAUUGAAUCGAAAGAAAGCAUUGAUGCAGAGCCUGGAAUAAGCAUGAAGAUAGGUGACAUGAACAGGGACUGUGACACCUGUUCUGUCUCUGAUAUAGGGAUUCAGUGCAUGAGUACAGGAGAAAGUGGAAGAUAUGGGGAUCAGCUGCUUUCAGACCAACUGCUAAGCUUUACUGUGCACAAGUCUAGGACUACAGACAAAAGAGAUGUGGAGAAAUCUGACAGUGAGUCAGAAGAUAUUACUCAAAAACAUUACUAUGAAGGAUUAUUGCUGGACAAAUGCAAUGGAGAGGAAGCUUUACUAUCGAAUCCCAGUCAGGACUGGGCUUACUUCGAGUCUUUUAUUAGUGAAAGCAAAAUAGAACUGCUUGACCUGUGUUCCAAAAAUGAGCUUUCAGUCAAUCUUUUUGCAGAGGAAGAAGUGGACAAUUACAUGUUUGAUGACGAAUCGACUCUCAGCAGUGAUGUCUGCUCAUUAAAGAUUAGGUACGAAUCUUUUCAAGACAAUGUCAGAGAAAAGACAAACGCACUUCAGGAAGAGGCACAGUUGAGCUUUUUCCCUAACGUCAUUUCAAACUGCACAAAAAAGGAAGGCAAAGCCUCUGUAAAAAUGAAUUUAGACACAUCACAAAUCAAAUCUGAUGAGAUUGAUAUCUGGGAUGAUAAGGACCAAUCUGAAGAGAGAUCGGGAUUGCAGAAGUACAGUAGCACAGUGGAUGUAAAGCUUUAUGCAACUUCUAAGAGAAAUCAUUUCUUUGAAGCAAAUCAUUCAGUCGAAGAUUCGGGAGAGUACAGUGAUGAUAGUUACGGAACAGAUUCCUCGUACGACACCCUCAAGUGCAGCCUAGAUAGCACAGGGUAUCUCUCGAGACAAAAUGCAAAUUGCUCUGGGCAGCUGAAUUAUGCACUGCGUGCCAAACGGAAAGUGCGGUAUAGUGAUGACUACCUGUAUGACGUUGACUCCAUAGAAAACGAAAAGGUUUCGGGGAAGAAGGAAUGGGUAGCAGAUGGUCCAAAGAAGGAGGACGAUGAUGAAUGGUGUCCACGAAAGCGUCGAAAAUCAGCUCGGAGGGGACCGCCCGUUAUUAUUAAAUAUAUAAUAAUUAAUAGAUUCAAAGGUCAAAAGGAUAUGCGAGUAAAAGUAAGUAAAAUCGAUGCCAACGAGACAAGUGUUUGUCUAACCGAAGAAGCAUUAGGUAAAUAUGAAAAACUUGCCCCUUUAAAGGAAUUCUGGCUCCAAAGACAACCUGAACGAGUGUUGUCAGUGCCUACUGAGAGAAGGAAGAGGCUGCGUUUAAACAGCUCAGUAUCUGAUGUGUUUCUUUCUCAUCCUGCCAAGAGGAAAAGCAAGCCAUUUGCAAGCAGACACCGGGCUCGGAGGGUUCGGCUUGAGCUAGGCCCCAACAAGCAGAUUGCAUGCUCCUUUGAUCCACUUGAAACCCAGAUGCUGACUCACGCAGGAAGGGAAGAGGUGGCCUUUGUCGACUCUCAGACGUUUGCGAUUGAAAUCCCUAGCUGUGAAAAUGGCUUUUGCUCCACCAACAUGACAUCAGGGACAGCUUCGAUGAGAGGCAAGCCGCAAGGGAAGUUUGAGAACAGAGUAAAGGAGAAGGGGCGUCUAAAGAGAUUGAAGUUAAAGGCAGAGGCCAAACUGAGGAACACCAGCAAAAAGCACAAGGUGGAAGUAAAUGACGACACUGAGGCAAUGACAAAUGCAAGCGAGAUGGAUUCAGCUGUAAAGAGGCAGAAUAGUUCAGGUACUCUCCUGACUGAUUCUAUUCAUUGCGCUCCAGACAACACCCAUUCAUCUAAGUUGUGCCAUGCAAAGGCUGCUGCUAAGAAUUCUUCAUUCUCACCAGCCACCUGCUCGUCUGACAAGACCGUGCCAUCUGCCAAUGCUGCAGCUACUAUGCAAGUGAUCCCUGGGGGGUAUUUGCAGACGUUGCUGGAGGCAUCUGAUUCCAUCAGCCACAACGGGCUCUCUUACUUCCCGAAUCAUUCAGUGGUUGCCUCCAAGGAACAGGGCCACUUUAACCCGGCAAACUUGACACAGAGCUGCGUCCUGUCCCCGCCCUCUGAGUCCGAGCAGCAGUCCCCUCUUUACCAGCGGGAAACGCAGUGCUUCGAGAAGUUGUGGCACGCAAAGCAGGAGUAUUCAGCCGUCAGAGCACCUGCCAUUCUGCCGAUGAGUCUGGAUGGUGCAGUAUCACUGCCGACAGAAGCUGCUAGCCUUUCAGGAACCAUUACUGAUACCUAUCAACAAAUAGAUAUGCACAGUGACGGGCUUGUACUUAGCAAAAAUUAUUCCCACAGCCAGCCACUGCAGUCAAAUACCAGCUAUCAAUCAUGCAUAAUAGAAGACAGUGAUGGCAAUUUUCAGCUCCAUCGAGAUUCAGUAGCUACAGAUGACACCAGGGUCAUCAGUUUUGAUUCAGUGGGUUCUUUGUCAGCAAGCUCCAAUAAUUUUAGCUCUUUAAGUUUGAAGUCAUGUGAAAAUGAUGGCGAGGAUGAUAUGAAUGAUGACUUUUUAGCUCAUUGCAGCCCCAAGCUGGUAAUUCAGCAAAGCAUCGAUGAAGUUGUCCCUCUGAAGGAAUCUGCAGACCUCCUUGACAUCUCAAACUUCACCCCCGACCGGUUCAGGCAGGUGACGCUGUCUGAGAUUUCCCCGCCGAUUACACCCGAUCUUUCACCUGGAAUAGUGGGGCCAGAGGUCAAAACGUUAGGCAAACCCAAAGACUUUCAGGAACAUGUUCAAGCUCUUCUUGGAGAGCCGACCGAAAUGAAAUGGGGUGCAGUAUCACAGCCACACAAUCAGUCAACCGAGGCUUUUAUUUUGAAUAAUCAACAGUUUCAGUUUCACUCCUUUAAUAACAAUGACACCUGCGAGCUGACUCAAAAAGAUGCUUUUGAUAAACAAGCUGGUGUGGUGAAAUUAAAUAAUAGCAGAGGACAAAAACCUAAAAGGAAAAGUACCUCCAGUAAACAUGUGAGCCCAAACCAAAGCUCAAGUCCAAAAGGUGCGAAAAAACCAAGGAAGCCAAAAUCUGCUAAAGCGGCAGAGAAAACUCAAAGCAGAAAUAAUUUGCGUCAGAAUCCUGGGACUUCCAAAACUCCCAAAAAAUCGAGUGGUGCCACACACUCUAAAAGGAACGAUCAGGUGCAGCUACCUACUGCCAAUGCCAAGUCAUUGGAUGCUCUCAUUAGUAAAAACAACAUAUCCCCUUGUGUCCAGUUGCUAAACGAGUCCUUUCCACAUUGUGGUCCUACAGCUGUGCGGGGUAGGAAACAAACUGGGGGUAAUUGUACCUGGCCUUUGAGCAAAAAGACCGGUGAUGGUUGGGCUGGGCACAAUGUUACCAACAGUAACAACUUGUUAGUUGACGAUCAGAGGGAAUUUGAAGAACCAAGUAAUAUACUUUCUAACAUUGCCUCUGGAAUGGCUGAAGUCCAGCGUUUCAUGAUGGCUUCUAUUGAACCAAUAUGGAGCCCUGGAAGCCAUAACAUUGUCUCAGCUUCUUGCCAGUCUGUUGAGGCAAAUAGCCUGAAGUGGAAAACCUUGAAUAUUUUGGGUGGCACCACGUCAGAAUCGAAAAGGAAAUCAAAUAGUUCAUUGCCUGUGAAAAACCGGAGAGCAACAGCCAAGGCCUUAUGUAAUAAAAAUCCUGCAAAAUGCACAGUUCCUCAUACUACUGCACCAACUGGUCCGAGCAAUGAAUUUAAUUUCAGCUCUGGUAUACGAAGUGGCAUUUUUGACAGAAGCUCUGACACUUCAAGUAUUCCUGCCAGUAAUGGCCCCAUCCACAAAAAAAUGUACCGUCACAAAGCAACAUUAAAAUUGUCAGGAGAUGAAAAGAUUAAGAUAAAGAGAGCAGAGCGUGAACAGCAGCACAAGAACCCAUUUGUGACAGCCUCUCUUGAAAAACUGAGGUAAUACAUCAGCACAGUGGCUGUGAUGCACCCUUUACAUUCCCAGCACCUUCUACGCCCAGGCACUGCCCCUUAUUUUCCCCCUUUUUAAGCACGAAUUGCAUGCAAGAGGCAGUUUCUCCCCACCCCUACCCCUUUUGCAGAAGGAAUGAUUUGCAUGAGAACUCCUAGAAUGGCAAACUUAAUUAUGAAAUAACUUUUGUUCUGACUUGGCUGUGGCACAAUUAACACAGUUGCUAUUAGUACUGUUAUUUCACUUCAGUUUUUUUUUCCAUAAUCCUUAACAACGUUUUAGUAGACUACAUUUUCUACAGCUGCUGCAAAAAAAAAAUAGAAACCCUUUGAACCAUGGAAUAAAUUAUUUGGUUUUCCUGCAGCAAGAAUGGCUGCAGUUUGCUCUCAGUAAAAAUGGGGCCUUUGAGUUUACCUGUGUUUGAAGAAGAUUUUUGUUUCCAGCAAAAACAGUUGUGAACACAUAUAGUGUUCGUCAGGAUAAUGUUUCACAAAAGAAGAAUUGUUCAGAGGCCUUGUCAGUGAUCAAACAAAAAUGGAAUUGCUGGAGUUACAAGAAAUGUAAUUAUUGUGUAUCUUGCAGAAUUCAGUACCUUUAGUAAGAGUCCAGGUUCUGUGCUGUAAAGAGAGAUAGAACACCUUUGCUUCAUCAGUGUUGAUGUACAAUAACACAUGCACUACUUGCAAAAAUCUGUGCCAAACCAUGAACAAGUGUAAAGAUAAUUUUAUGACAGUAGGAACAUUACAACUUUGAUCUUAAUUUUUUUUCUUUAUAUAUGUUUUUAAAAAAGAGAGGGAAAUAAAAGACAAAUUGAACUUAUUAUUCCAGUAAUUUUAUGGCAAGUCCCUUGAAGCACCUGCAGCUCACUGUGGAUUAUGACACCUCAAUGAUCACCAAAACACUGACGGCUAACAAGUUCAGCAGUGGUUCCACUUUGCCAAAUAUGCUUACCUCAUCUGCUUGGCAACAUGCAAACUCACUCUGGGGAGUCUAGAUGGAAUUAACUGGUUUGUGUUCAGUCUGAGCUUUAUCGAAAACUGGAGUAUGGGGUAUGUACUAUGCUUGGACCAAGUCAGAGAAAAGAGGGAAGUCCCGUCCGUGUACUGAAUGGAUAUAUUCCUACCGUGUGAUGAUGGUCGUGAUGGAUAAUUGGAGUUCACUAAGUCAAACACCAGGACCCAGGGUGAAGCUCAAUGGGUUGCUACAGUGAACUCAGCUGCCUACAGUUCUGGCCAUUAUUUUGCUUAUUGCCUUUCAAACUUCUACCUUCUGAAAUUUGAAUGUAAAUACAGAGCUUAAAAGAGAAGCAAAGAUACCACUGAGCUGCUCGUGUUUCAUGGUGCUAAAAGAGAUGCAUUUCCUAAAUUGAAAGGGAGAAAUUAAAAACUCACAGAAUGUAAAAAUAAAAUGUUUUGAGAUGUAUCACAGUACAAUGCUAAAACAUUUUAGUAUUGUUUGCCUUUCUUUAGAAUGAGCUUUAUAAAUAUUGAUCUGUAGAGUUAAAAAAAUUCUAAAAAUGAACUUUGACGUCUAUAAAUUCUUGUAUAUUUUUCAGUGUGCCAAUUUGUAAUAUAUUUUGUAAGUGUAUAUUUUUCUUAGCAGUGAUGUGAUGUGUUUGGAUGUGUGCGUAACCCUCUUAUUCCUCAGGGUGUUAAUAAAAGGACGUAGAGUUACAUUAACUGCUCUGGAAAACCAAAAUACCGAAGAGAGAGAGUGAGUGAGAGAGAGAGCGAGAGAGAAAAGGCAAGCAUUUUGUGGAGGUUUUGUAAUAAACUGAAUUCUGUUGUGAAAGAGUGUAGUGAAACAGUGAAAAAAAAACACAAAAAAAAGUUUGCAAAAAAAAUUGUGGGCUCUUUGCUGUUUUAUAGACCCCUUCUUUCUCCUGUAAAUUAUUCUGACCUUCAGGUUUUGUUGUAAUUGUUGCAGAGGUUUUAAAUAUUUGUGCUUUCAAAUGCUGUACGGUACAUGUAAAUGUCAUUCUUGUUAACUUGAUGAGUUUUUGUAAUACUGUCAUUUAUCAAAUAAAUGUAAAACACAGAAAUUAACAUUUUGAAAGAAUGAUUCUAUGAAGACUGCUUAAGCUAUUGUUCAGAAACAGAUCUGCAUCAAAAAAUUUAGCUAAUUGACAUUUUUGGUGUAAAUUACUUUUUUUAAAUAAAAGUUGUUCGAAGUCAAACACACUACAUUUUUACAGUACUUGGAAAAUAUGUUUUGUUGUUUUUAUGGUGUUGAUGCUGAUAGAAUUCUAAUUUUUAAAUCCUGUUUUUGCUACUGAAUGCCAUUCCCAAAAAGGCAGCUUUAAUCUUAUUAUUAUGUAAAGCUGCAGUAUGUUAUAUAAAAUACAAAAUACAUAUAUGUAAAAUAUAUCUUGCAAGUGGCAUGUGUCACACAUUUGUUACCUGCCCAGUACAAGUUGUUUUGCUUAUCUAAUAUAUAGUGUUGGCAAUUCUACAAAAGUGAACAUGUUCCAAUUUUUCAGUUUCAACUGGUUCGGUGCAUAAUACCGGAGGACUUUUAUCGCAACUGUUGUUUCGUGCCCAUUGCAUGUCAAGUUGCUCCUUCUCCCACACCCCCCCCAAUAAAAAUUACUGUUGUGGAUAAUUGCAAGGUCAGUAGAUUACAUGGUGUGUUUUACAGCAUGCUGUUAUCCAUAAGCACUUGCUUUUAAAGAAACACUAUAUAUUAUAUAAGCUUACACCUGUUUCGGAGUGAGUUACAGAUUGUAGCACAGUCAAAAAAUACAUACGGCCCUCGGAGAGCACUUGACUCUUGCUUUUGUGGGACUUGAUGCAAAUUCAGUUAUAUGUAGUACAACCUUUGUAACAUGUUCCAAAUCUGUAUAUUUAACCAUAUUUUACAGUGAAUAUAUAUAGUAAAAUAUGGAUAUAUCUGUUGUAAAACUGCUGUAAGAAAAUGUGAUUAUAUACUUCAGGUGACAUGCAGAAUAUGUAAAACUGAAUGAAACGUUUGAUAUUUGUUUCUUUCCUGCUGCCUUUUUUUUUAAAAGACAAUGCAUUCAUUAUAAUUUUGAAUUAUAUAAUGUAUUGCAGUUUUAAAUCUACUUUGAGGGGAAAUUCAGAAGAAUACAGGAAAUGCUCUAAAUGGCACCGUCUCUGUAAGCUUAUCAAUGAACCCAUUGGGUUUAAUUUUCAGUAGUUGUUUGAGUGUGUGUUUGAAGGAACAGUUUUCUGCAAGUAUUGUUAAAUAUUUAUUUUGUAUAAAGUUUGUGAAAUGGUUGCAUUCAUUAGUGUUUUUUUUAUUGUCUGCACCUUAACCUGUUGCCUGUAAUCACAAGUUGAUGGAAUGAUCGCGAAUGGUAUAAAUUAUUUCUUUUGUUGAAUAACAUCAGCACUUUCUUCCCCUUAAACCCACAAAGGGAAUCCGUAUCAUUGUGCUGAAGUAUGUCAUGUUCUUUUAAAUAAAAG